GAAUCUCUCCCCCCCCUCUCUCUCUCCUCUUUCUCUCUCCAGCUUAAAUUCUCUGACUUUUCUUUUUCUUUGACAUCAAAGUGCAAAUUUUGACUUGGGUUUUUAGUUUUGAGUUGCAUUUUCCAUUCUAUAUGAAGCAAUUUGCUUAAUUUUUAUCAUUUUUACUCGGUUUUUUUCCUUUAUUUGAACUUAGUUUUUACUGUGUGUAUUACAUUGUUUGGUUGCUGAGAAAAUGUGAGAGAGCAAGAGAGAAUUAUAUUGUGCUAUUCAUGGUUUUUCUUACUGUUGGGAUCUGGUUUUGAGGAUAAAUUCACCAUUUGGCUGAGCUAAUUGGAUAAUUUGGACACAAAGUUCAAAUUUUUACUUCUUUUUGGUAAAAUGUUUAUGUAAUUUCAGCUGCUUUUUACCGCAUUUGAUUUUCAACAUUAAAGAACCGGACAUUCAUCUAGAAAGAAAGCAUAAUUCGGGUUGUCGACUUGAAUUUUGUACUGAAAGUAGUUGAAAGGGUAACUAUUGCUGACCACAUUUUGCUUUCAAGGGCUUAUCAAUUUUCUUGAGUGAAAAAUAAGGUAUUGUUUUUCUCUUGCGUUUACUUUGUUUGUUUCUCAAGAAAAAUAGAACUGCAAUCUUCCAAGCUAUGCAAAUCUUGAGUAACUUCACAUAUGGUGGAGCUUUCCCUUGCUGCCGAAAUGCUACUUUUGAUUCGUGUCAAAGUACAUUCCAAGAAUAAAAAAGAAUUGGUUUCGCUAUUGGGAAUGUAUAUGAGAUUAAAACCAUUUUGUUUCUUAUUCAGUGAAAAGUUUUUAGUCUAAAACAUGGAGCAAUAUGAAGUUCUUGAGCAAAUUGGGAAGGGGGCUUUUGGUUCUGCGCUUCUUGUCAGGCAUAAGCAUGAAAAGAAGAAGUAUGUGUUGAAAAAGAUUCGCCUUGCCCGCCAGACUGACAGAUCACGGAGAUCUGCACACCAGGAGAUGGAGCUCAUUUCCAAAUUCAAAAAUCCAUUUAUUGUGGAGUACAAAGAUUCUUGGGUGGAAAAGGGUUGCUAUGUGUGCAUUAUUAUAGGUUAUUGUGCAGGCGGAGACAUGGCAGAAGCUAUAAAAAAGGCCAACGGUCUUCUUUUCCCUGAAGAGAAGCUCUGUAAGUGGCUUGUCCAGCUUCUGAUGGCACUCGAUUACUUGCACAGGAAUCAUAUUCUUCAUCGCGAUGUCAAGUGUUCUAAUAUAUUCUUGACAAAAGAUCAAGACAUACGCCUUGGUGACUUUGGACUUGCCAAAAAGUUGACUUCGGAUGAUCUUGCCUCUUCGGUUGUCGGAACUCCUAGCUAUAUGUGUCCUGAGCUUCUUGCUGAUAUACCUUAUGGUUCAAAAUCAGAUAUUUGGUCCUUAGGAUGCUGCAUCUAUGAAAUGGCUUCUCAUAGAGCCGCCUUUAAAGCGUUUGAUAUACAAGCACUGAUUAACAAAAUUAACAGGUCCAUAGUGGCUCCCCUUCCCACAAAGUACACUGGUGCAUUCCGAACACUUAUUAAAAGCAUGCUUCGGAAAAACCCAGAACUCAGGCCAAGUGCUGCAGAGCUGCUUGCUCACCCAGUCCUUCAGCCUCAUGUUCAUAAGGUUCAUCUCAAACUCAAUAACCCCAGACAUGGAACUUUAGCGGUCAACUGGCCUGACACCGGUUACUUGAAGAAAACAAGAUUUUCAGAGCCAGAAGAUGUUCCUUUCUCCACUCCCCAUUACCAGGAGAAGCGGCAUACAUUCAGCAAUGAUAGGACUUUAAAUCCUAGUAUAUCUGGAGGUGAGCAAGAUUCCUUAAGCUCUACCCAAGAAAUGCAUGGCAGGUCAAAUAAUCUGAAUCGAGAAUUGGCAGGACAUUCUGUUGGUGGCACUGGCACCUAUAGAAAAGCAGCCAUACGCAAGCAACCAAUUGCUUCCAAAACUUCAAAUAUCGUCAACAGUCGAGUUACUCCAGCAAAAGCUUCUGCCACUCCCAAGAGAUUUAUGGAGCCAAAGAAUCGUGCAUCGCUUCGUGUUUCUCGCACUCCGCAGAAGACAGUGAGUACAACUCGCAGAGCAUCAUUGCCAUUAGCAAGAGCUGCAACUCAACAGUCCCCUUUCUGGCCCAAUGUUGGUGUUCUUCACUGUAUUAAAUCUCCCGAUGUUUCUGUCAAUUCCCCUCGAAUUGACAGGAUAGCUGAAUUCCCAUUAGCCUCGUAUGAAGAACAAUUAUACGAAGAACAGUUUCUGCCAAUCCAUAGAACCUCAUCACCCUCUGUGCAAGGCUCGUCUGGUUCCCCACACUAUGGUGACCGUUCAAUGAUGAAAGACAAAUGCACAGUUCAGACAAACGACAGAGCCUCUCGCAAACUUAGUUUCACGGGUGUAUGGCAGGGAAUAGAACCUGGCAUGUUCAAAGCUGCACCAGACAAUCAAAGUGAUGGAUUUUCGGAUCAAAAUGCAACUGCUGGAGCAUCGAGCCGGACCUCAUCAAACACACGCCGCCGGCAGUUUGACACUUCAUCAUUCCAGCAAAGGGCUGAAGCUUUAGAAGGGCUGCUCGAAUUCAGUGCAAGAUUGCUCCAGAACGAACGAUAUGACGAGCUCGGGGUGUUGCUGAAGCCUUUUGGGCCAGGGAAGGUCUCUCCUAGGGAAACUGCUAUUUGGUUGACUAAGAGCAUCAAGCAAAAUACUGUCAACCAGGAUGAUCAAUUCCAAUGAGCUGUUGCAACAUGUAUUUAUAAUUCCAACUCGAAUUAUUUUUGUAGUUACGAGUUUUCGGUUAUCAUUCUUCUCAAGAGGAAUUAGGCUCCUAGAUAGAUCCUGAUUUUGCAGGUUAUGAUCUCAGAAGAGGAAUUCAUUAUCACCAUGAAUUCAACUUAGUUUGUAAACUGUGAUGGCUUAACUCUCUCUCUCUCAAGAAAUGGUUGGAAAUUUAUCGAA